AUGGAAACAUCUCUGCCACUCCCUGCUUCCAUCGAUGGUGUCGAAGUGCUGGAUGACAUGAAGGUCGUGGCGACGAAAUACCUGUUUGGCAAGGUCCUGAUGCCAAGCGACGUGUUCUGGGUUACCGAACAACUUGUGAUCCCAGAUGAGCAUGCUGGGAAACUCGACAUAGUGACGAAGGUGAAGGACCGGGAGGGCUUCUUUGUCAUCAUGGCCAUGGACGGCAUGGUGCCUGGGAAAUUGUGGCGCUUCAGGUACUGGAACCACAACAGCAUCCACCGCCUCACCAGUGGCUGGGGGUGCUAUGUCAAGGAGAAGGGCCUAACAGCAGGAGAUGCCAUCUCCUUCUUCCAUGGCACCACGUGUGGUCGCCUCUUCAUCAGUUGCAACUGCAAGAGGGACACCCGCACCGGUUCCUCGUCAGCCACUAUGUCGCAUCCUCGAAAUGAAGGAAGCAUGCCGGUAAGGUCAAGGAAUGUCACCUCCAAAUUUGGAGGCGCAGGGGCGCAGCAUUCACGCCGAUCACCACGUCAUCGACGACGCAGCUUGGUUCACCCAGAACAAGAGCCCACGGAUAUGCCUCCCAUUCUCGAGUCGAUGACACUUGUACCCACACCGCCGCCGACGGUGAAGCGCGUGCGUCUUUUUGGAGUCUACAUCGACGCUCCGCCGCCAUUGUCCUUCGACGACGAGCCAAAUCAAGAAUCCAACUCACACUGUGGGCGUGCCAUAGAUAGGGACACUGAUCUCAAGAAGAGAAGGCAAGCUAGGGGAGAUUAA